CUCCGCCGCCCGGCCACUCGCCCGCCAUGGCUCCCAAAGCGAAGAAGGACGACAAGAAAAAGGGGAAGACCGUAGCCGUGACGUCCAAGAAGGCAGAGGAGGCCAGGAAGAAGGAGCUCGUGCAGGGCGAGGGUGCCGGCCGCCUGAAGGUGCUUGAGUCGCUGCACUGCACCGGCGUUCUGACGUCGAGGCCGGCCUCGCGGGACGUGCGCAUCGAGCAGGUGACGAUGUCCAUCUACGGCCGCGAGCUGUUCCGCGACGCCACGCUCAAGAUCAACCACGGGAGGCCGGGGGUGCCCCCGCGCCCUCGAGGGUCGAGGGCGACCGACUGGACGCAGCGAGACUCCCUCGCGUGGUGAAGAGGUCACGGCCGGAGGUUUUUCCCUAGUUUCGGCCUCUGGGGGCCCUUGCCUGGCCUCGGGACCGCAAGCAGAACGACCCAGGAG